AUUUCCCUCGGCACUGUGACAAAUGUUGACGAGGCUGUCAGGUGGAUGAGUUACACUUACCUCUUUGUCCGUAUGAGGAAAAACCCUUUGGUUUAUGGAAUUCCAUACAAUUACUCGGAGGUACACUCUCUUGAAAGUUUUCUUAUCCUAGGGUUUCAUGGGAGUAUUAGUUCUAAAGCAGUGAUGAAUAAAAUACUGUAUCAAUAAUGUAUUUAAUAAUCAAACUCCAGUUGUGGUGGUUAAGUUGGGCGGUGACAGUGAUUGGAAUGCCAUUUAAGUGAACCUGUUUGGAACCAGGCUUUCAUUUGCCAUGAUCUAUAAACAUUUUGUCUCUACAAAUUUCACACAGUAUGAAUGUGCCCAGAAAUACCAACUAAAUGUACCAUUUAUAAUUUAUUAUUUAGGACGAUCCUUAUUUAGAGUCGUACAGAAAAUCUCUAGUCAUUGAUGCAGCCAGGCGGCUUGAUAAAGCCAUGAUGAUCAGGUUUGAGGAGCGCACUCAGUACAUGGCCAGCACUCACCUUGGCCGCACUGCCAGC